AUGGGACGUGUUAGAACCAAGACCGUAAAGAGAGCCUCAAAGAUCCUCAUUGAAAAGUACUACCCAAGACUUACCAAUGAUUUCGACACCAACAAGCGUACCUGUGAUGAGGUUGCUCAAAUUCCAUCAAAGAGAUUGAGAAACAAGAUCGCUGGUUUCGUCACUCACUUGAUGAGACGUAUCGAGAGAGGUCCAGUUCGUGGUAUCUCCUACAAAUUGCAAGAAGAAGAGAGAGAGAGACGUGACAACUACGUCCCAUCUACCUCUGCCAUCAAGACUGAGAAGAUCCAUAUCGACGAAGAUGUCCAUGAGAUGCUCAAGUCUACUCUUGGUAACUUCUCUUCCAUGACCCGUAUUCACGAUCUAUCUAAAUAA